AUGCAGAACGCACAGCAGAUGCCUGACACCGCCCCAAAGGUCAAUGCCUUCCGCAGCUAUUGCAUUCAGUUGGUGGAUCAGCUGUGCGUCGAGUUCGAGCGUGAGGUGAACCAAAUGUCCAAGGACAUCCUGCUGUACCGUGGUGAGCUAGCACGCUGCGCCGACCUGUUGGCCUUCCAAUUGGGGAAGGAGAAGGAAUACCACAACAUGCUUGAGAACAUCGCUGGGAACAGCUCCAUGUUGGUUGGCAAAGCGGCGGAGGUGGGCCAGAAGCAUGGCCAGCAUGAUGCAACCAAGCAGCAGAUGCACCAAAUGCUCGAAGACAUGUUCGCAGGUGGCAAGGGGGCCUUGGCCGACAGCUUUGGCGGUUUGGAUGAGCACCGCCAACUUGCAGAGAAGCACCUCAUGAGCUCGGCGGAAUUGCAGAACCAAUCGCAGGCCGUGGCCAAGGAACUGGACAACAUCUUGCGCACCCUAAAUGAAGCACCAGUGUCCUAUCGUGAAGCGCCUGUGAUGAUGGGACCUUCGCAGAUGCAGGGGCCGCCGCGGCAGAACUUCGGGAAUGGGCCACCGCCCAUGUACAACGGUCCGAACCAGGGCAACCAGGGGCCGCAGCGCUUCAAUUUGCCCGGCACGAUGUCGCCCGGAUCCUCGCCCUCGGGAUACUCGCCGCCAGGGGCUGGAGGCGGGCCUCGGUGGCAACGGAGGCCAAAGCAGAAACAUCCAGAAACCAUCCAGGCCGUGGAGGGGGCAUGGCCAUGUCUCCCGGUGGUGGUGGCGGCAACUGUGGACGUCGCAUGGGAGGGCCGGGACAACAAGUCUGAGGCUGGGGAGCGUAUGGCAUACCUAGGCAUUGAUGGCACCAACCGCUUCCCUCCCCUGGAGCGAAGGCCCACAUGGACAUGGACCGGGUCGGAGCUGCUGGACGCCUCAGACGGCCGUUUGCCCACUUUGGACGUUCGACGCUGGGACAACUUGCGUUUUGUGGCACUGUUUCUCCGCAUCGAAGUGCUCUGUUCAUUUCCCCCGAGUUGA